AUGAUAAUUUUUUUUGAGCAGACAUUUAAACCGAAGGUGUUGAAAAACUGGGAAGUACCUAAACUGAAUGUCAAUAAGCCUCAAAAAAGAACAGGAAAGACUAAAGUUAUUUCCAACGAUAGAGGUCACCUACUACCAGAAAUUCGUAGAAGUAAUAGCAACCCUUGGGGAAAUUUUGUAGGAACUUGGAACCUCCCUAAAAAAAUUGAUAAAAAGACUGCAUUGCAGCUCAAUGGACUCUUAAAAAACGAAACAAAAGAAGAGAAAAGUAGUGACAAAACUACAGAAUCGAUUAAACCCGUCUUGGAAACUGAAAAUAAGGAAGAAAACAAGGAAAAUGUUAACAUUAACAACACUCCACCUCCAGCAGCUCCAUACACUCCUGGGGACUUCACAGAAAAACACCAACAGUAUUCCAAUUGCGAUGGGUUAGUCAUCAACCAAGUACUUCCGGCAGAAGAACUUUCACCGAAGGGUUUUCCAAGGGUACGAGAAGAUUUUUCUAAACUACCAGAAACUAAAUCUGACCUGAAUAAAGAAGUAGAGGAAUUUUACAAAAUUCAUAAACAAAUGGUGGAGGUACAACCACUUAGACAGGCUUCUGCAUCAAAGAAAGAUAGAGUUUUGUCUCCUAUAUUGGCUGCUAUUUCAAAUUUCAAUUUAGCAAAGAAGCUACAUAAGGAAAAUCUGGAACAUAAUCCUCUACCAGAUACUUUAACUGAUGCUAUAUAUAGGAGAAUGGUAAUGCAAAGACAGGGAAAGGUUUCAGAAGGACAGGAUGAACAUUUUGCCACUGGAGUUGGUUGGAAAGGUUAUCCAGGUUAUGGUCCUACAAGAUGUACAAAACUCAAAAUAUAUCGACCCAAAACAUCUGGUCCGCCUAAAGACGAAAGUAUCUGUAGUUUUGACAGAAAAUGGCGGUUCAUACGACAAGCCAAAGUCACUCCUAUGGAUUUAGCAAUCUGCUGGGAUUUGACUCCAGAAAAUCCGAAGGAUGAACCAGAUAGAACGAAACAUAUUGACGGUUCAAAUGGAUCAGCGGCUCCGGCUGUAUUUAGUCUUGUUCAUACCCCUAAAGAGGAAGAAGCCAAUAUAAAAUGUGAUGGUUUACAUAGCUGUGGUGCUGUUUUUGAGCACAGUGAAAAAGGAAAUGAAGAAAAAGAGUUUUUCUUCCAUAGAUCAAAACGAAGCUCUCGCGAAAGCAUCAGUAGCGGUUCUAAUAAUUCCGAUAGUAAAAAACGAGCUAAAAGUGCUUUUGAAGGCGACAAAAUCUCAAUAGACUCAAAAUCUAGCAAUGUAAGUGCCAAGUCAAGAGCUAAAAGUGCUUAUAACUUGAAUGAACCUGACGGAAACUCGAAUACUUCGAAAGAUAAUAAAAAUCUUCAUCGAAGUAUUCAGAAUUUAGAGGAAUGUAUUGAUGAAAAACGAAAAAAAUACAUCAAAUAUCCUCACAAUAAAUUCUGCAUGGCGUGCGAAAUGCGAAAAGUUUCUUUGACUGAAAAUAGGCCAAAAAGCGAGUACAAGAUGGCGUUUAAGGCCGGCGUACCCAAUAAAAUAAAUUAAAACUAAGCAACAAUUUUUCGUAAGAAUUAAUUGAAAAUGAUUCUAAAAACGAAGAUGUGAAGAAGG